AGCCCCUUCCUGAUCCUUCUUCUCUCCUGAUUUCUCUCUUCGUCUUAGAGGAUGGCCGUGAACGUUUUUGCCACGUCUUCAACGACAGAGUCUCUCAGUCGCCACGAUUACAUUAACUGGAUUAACGAAAGCCUCAAGUGUAACAUUGCCAAAAUAGAAGAUCUAUGUUCUGGUGCUGUCUACUGUCAGUUUAUGGAUCAACUCUUUCAAGGCUCUAUUAUAUUAAAGAAAGUCAAAUUCUGUACUAAGCUAGAACACGAGUAUAUUCAAAAUUACAAAACUCUUCAGACGUGUUUCAAGAAGGUUGGCGUGGACAAGAUGAUACCCAUUGAAAAACUAGUCAAGGGAAAGUACCAGGAUAACUUUGAGUUCCUCCAAUGGUUCUACAAGUUUUAUCAGGCAAACUAUGACGGCUCUCAGGAAUAUGAUCCUGUAGCGGCGAGAGAAGGCCAGACCAUAGCAACAGGUGCUGCCGCUGCUCUUGCUAAAGGACCGGGAAAGCCUCCAGCUAGUGGGAAGUCAAUGAGACCACCUGGUACUAGUGGGAUAGUCAAGUCUUCUCAGAAACCCAAAGGGAGAGUAGCGACCACCAGUGCAACUAGUAGUGCCAAACCUCCUCCUACAAAACAAGCACCAGCUGCUGCUGUUAAGUCAGCAGCUCCUAAUGGAGGAGGAGGAGGAGCUAGUGCAAAGGAACUGCAAGCUGCUCAGCAGCAAGUCAGAGAACUACAGGAUCAAAUAGCUGAGUUUGAGGUGAAUAUCACUAGUUUGGAGACGGAGCGAGACUUUUAUUUCGAGAAGUUACGCAAAAUCGAGAUAAUCUGCCAAGAAAAUGGAGAAUUGCCGGUUCUUGAGUCAAUACUGGCAAUCAUGUAUGAGACUCAGGAGGGGUUUGAACAACCUGAAGAUGAAGAAGGACAAGAGGAGCAGCUCCAACAACCGGUCGAAUAUUAUGAUCCUGAUGCUGUGGGGUAUGAAGAAUAUCAAUACGAGGAGGAAGAGCAAGAUGAAUAUUAGCCGGGGGCCGGGUCGGAUACUGCAUGUACACUUGUGACGUACAAUUAUGGCAAUUGUUAUUUACAUGAUAAAGUAGAGACUAAAACGUUGCUUUGUUAUUGAUUGUAUAUUAUCAUUAAUAAUGUUUUAUUAUUAUUAUUAUUAUUAUUAUUAUUAUUAUUAUUAUUAUUAGUCUUUUCUCAAAGCUUUUUUCAUCUUAA